CGUGCAGACGAACAGGGGCUCAAGGUUAACACAACAGGAAGCAGCUCGUCGUGACGUCGUCGCCAUCGCGACGAAGUCAGUUUGACGUCGCUGUGAGCGAAACAUAAGAGUUCCUAUGGUGCCUUCUUCCCCCCGAGUGCAAACUGACUUCGUCGCUGUAAACAGGGGAGGGAGCUAGCACGGGACCCAAACAAGCCUCCGCACAAAGUACUCGUGUUCAAAGCACUUAGCAGCCGCCUGUUAGCCGCUCGAGCAGGUAGCAGCGCUUCAACUUGCCAGAAACUUCUGGAAACGCGAGAGUAGUCUACUAAUGAGUGAACAGGAGGAGACGAUGGACGCCCCCGACAGCCCUGACUGUGCCACCACUGUAACAGCGAAGAAGAACGGGCGAACCUCGUUGCUGGACAGCGGGGAGGACUUCGAAGUCUUAGACGAGGAAGACAUCGACGACGACCCCCCUCCCUUGGAAGAUGCCGGAGGAGGGAAGGGGAACACCGCAGACGAGUCUGACGAGAGAAAUGCGGACACAGAUCCGGGUCCUUCGGGUCAGGUGGAGGAAUGGCUGGAUGUUUUAGGUAAUGACCAGCUAAAGAAAAAAGUCCUGGUGGCCGGACAAGGGCGAGACAGUCGCCCACAGAAAGGACAGAAUGUCAAGACUAAUCUGAGGACUUACCUGAAGGAUGGGACACUGGUGGAGGAGCAGACUGGUGUCACGUUCACUUUGGGAGACAGUGAUGUUAUCCAGGCUCUAGAUCUCACAGUGCAGCUCAUGGAAAUGGGAGAGAAGGCUCUCAUCCAGACAGAUGCAAAAUACGCAUAUGGCACCCGUGGAAGUCUUGACCCAGAGGUGCCCCCCGAUGCUGAACUGUCCCUGGAAGUGGAACUUCUGGGAGCUACGGAUGCGCUGGACCUGGAGCUGCUGCCCCCUGCAGAAAAGAUAGCUCUUGCCAGCCACAAGAGAGAGAGGGGCAACAUACAUUAUCAGCGUGGGGACUACGCUUUUGCUGUCAACUCCUAUAGCGUUGCCCUGCAGAUAACAGAGUCUAGUUCCAAAGUUGACAUUAGUCCUGAGGAGGAGAACGAGCUGAUGGAUGUGAAAGUGAAGUGUUUAAACAACAUGGCUGCUUCUCAGCUGAAACUGGACCACUAUGAUGCAGCACUUAAAUCUUGUGUCGCAGCUCUGGCCCACCAGCCAGAUAACAUAAAGGCACUUUUCCGCAUGGGCAAGGUAUUGGCCUUGCAAGGUGAAUACUCAGAAGCCAUUCAAACUUUGAGGAAGGCACUGAAGUUGGAACCAAGCAACAAGACGAUCCACGCAGAGCUCUCUAAGCUGGUGAAGAAGAACUCUGAGCAGAGGGGAGCAGAGCAGGCCAUGUAUAAGAAGAUGCUGGGUAACCCCACGAAUAGCACCAGCAGCACACAGAAACAUCGGGCCAAGACUUCAUGGGGUCUCAGCUGGAAGUGGCUAUUCGGUGCCACGGCAGUAGCCAUUGGCGGUGUAGCAUUAUCCGUUGUCAUAGCUGCCAGAAAUUGAGCCAAGCCUGUAGUGAAGGCCUGACCCCUGCAACGUGAGAACAUGUACACAGGAGCACAUCUGGCAGUGCCUUCUUACCUGUUGUCAAAGAGGGUGGAGAUGUCAGUCCACGGUCGGUCGGUUGCCACUCUCGUUUCUCUGCCAUGUUUGAGACGUAUAUGUGACAAAUAAUAAAACGUCGACAUUUGCAUAUGGGAAAUGUUAUUUCCAAUUAUGUGAAUGUUCAUGCAUAUCUGUCACUUUGCCAGACGCUGUUCUUCUUUUGCUGCAAUCGUUCUCAUCUUUAGUGGUUGACGUUGGAAAUUGAUUAUUUGAUCAUUGAAAUGACAAAUAGUUUACCAUAGAUUCAGAUAGAAGCUAUUUAUAAAAUACUUUGCCCAGUAAAGUGAUUGUGAUCUGGUCCUAUGUUAUGCUAUAGUUUUCAAACAUCAGAUAGUGCCAUUAGAUUUAUACCAAGGGAACACAUUAUUUCACUUUGUUUUAAUUGUACAAAGUCUCAUGUCAACUGGUGUAAUGAAGAUGCUCUAUUUUCACACACUGGGAAGAAACUGUGUGUUUGCACUCUUAACCUUUUAAAAUACUAUUAAUUCAGUGACUAGAAACACCUGUACAAUGUAAUGCAAUACAACAGUCCUACAAGCUACACUGCCUAACUUGUUUUGCCGUUACACUGAUACUGUGUUCCGAGAAUUGUAUCCUCAACAUAAUGCAGUGAAUGGAACUGCAAAUGGCUGCCUGUUAGAGCACCAUGGAACCGGCUCAUCAACACUUAUCUGAUACAGUAUCACCAACAGAGAACAAUGGAAGUAUGUGAAUGUACAGGACUGCUGUAUUGGAUUUGAAGGCAUUGCUUCUGUACGCUUAGUCUGUCGUGUAUAAGUACAUUAAAGCGUCAGCUAGAGUAGAUAAACUGUACUUUAUGUUCAGCAUUCCUAAAUAACUCAUUUCAGGAGGAUAGAGGUGCAGUUAUUACCUUUAAAACCCUGGAAGAGAAUGGUGGGUGGAGUUUAUGGCUAUGAAUAAUACUGAAGGAUAGUUUAUUUUUAUUAUACAAUUUUCUGGCACUCAUACCACAAUGUUUGAUUAAGACCAAAUGCAGAAGGAUGACCCUUCAAGUACAAUGUUUGGUGCAUGUUUUUUUCCUUUUCUUUAUUCAACUACAUUUGUUCCCUGUGAAUUCUUUAUUCUUAAAUUAUGCUCCUUUAAUUGUUUAUUUAUUACACUGUGUUUGCUCUGUACUUUCUUACAUUCAGUAAAUGUGACACCACCAAAUAUGUGGCUUCUUCGGUGUAGUAGUUCCUACAGAGCCAAAUGUUGCAUAUGAACUCUUCAUGGCAAAUGAAGUGAUAAUGAAGUCCCUUGCAUUCCCUGCAUUUGUUAAUUUUGUAUUUAACACAAUAAAAUGUGUCCGCUGUCAAA